AUGCGCUUGCCGGGGGCCAUGCGGUUGGUGCGGUUCCGGGGUGCCGGGAGCGGCGAGCCCCGGUUGGGGCUGGAGGAGGCGGCCGGUGGGGGCCUGGUGGACCUGAGCGCGGCGGAACCGGCGCUGCCCCGCUCCAUGCGUGCCUUCCUGGAGACCGGCCAGAGCGGCCUGGCUGCCGCCCGAAGGGCGCUGGAGUCCGGCCGGCACCGGCUGCCGCGGGAGACGGUGCGGCUCCUGGCGCCCGUCGGGGACCCGGAGAAGGUGAUCUGCGUGGGGCUCAACUACCGCGACCACUGCCUGGAGCAGGACGUGAAGAUCCCCAAGGAGCCCAUCAUCUUCAGCAAGUUCCCCAGCGCCAUCAUCGGGCCCUUCGAUGACAUCGUGCACCCCCAGGAGAGCAGCGAGGUGGAUUGGGAGGUGGAGCUGGCCGCCGUCAUCGGGAAGAAGGGACGGCACAUCGAGGAGUCCUCGGCCCUGGACCACGUCGUGGGCUUCACGGUGGCCAACGACGUCAGCGCCCGGGACUGGCAGAUGAGGCGGAACGGGAGGCAGUGGCUGCUGGGGAAAACCUUCGACACCUUCUGUCCCCUGGGGCCGGCUCUUGUCACCAAGGAGGCGGUGGCAGACGUCCACAACCUGAGCAUCCGCUGCAGCGUCAACGGGCGGCUGAUGCAGGACAGCAGCACCAGCCAGCUCGUCUUCAGGCUGCCCAAACUCAUCGCUUGGGUCUCCCGGUUCGUCACGCUGGUCCCUGGGGACAUUUUGCUGACAGGAACCCCCCCCGGGGUGGGGGUCUUUCGGAAGCCCCCCGUGUUUCUUAAGAGAGGAGACGAGGUGCAGUGCGAGAUCGAGGAGCUGGGCGCCAUCCGCAACAAGGUGGUGUGAAGACGGAGACGCCAAAUCUCGCCCCGAUUCAGCUGCCUUCCCCCCACACACACACACUGGGUCCCGUGGGAUUCAAUAAAUCCACGAGCCGG